AAUGCUUGCGAGCCGUUCGCAGUGAACUUCUGCGUAAGAGCGCUCAUGGCUUGUAAGCAUGUUGACUGGCACCGAGAUAUGAUAUAUUGUGUGCACAAUAUAAGCGAUACGACGUCCGUGUAUUGCUAUUCCAUAUAAGCUAUAUUUGACCACAUGUGCUUCGCUCUGCGGUUGGUAUUCGUUAUGCGAUAAAUAUUUACUCAGUUUCGAUCCUGUAAGUUUGUUUUUAGAAAAAUUGCUUGCGCGCAACCAUAUUUUCGCUACUGUAUAUUCUGAUGCAAUCACAUCGACUCAAGUGCGUGACACAAUUUUUUCGUUUUUCGUCAUUUUCAUGCGGUGUACAUAAUUUUCAUGGUUACGUUCGCAAUUUGUUGUGACUUGAUUAUCAUUCACCGGUUUAUGUGAUUGUGGUACGGUUUUGAAUUUGAAAGGGAAAAAAAUGAUUUAAAAUGCAAGCGUAGCAUUCACUGUCUGUCUAGAGGAUUUAACACCUUCAGUAUACAGAGAAUUGUCAAGAAAUUUGAGAACCGACGCGGCAAAAUCAUCAUCACCGACAUCUUGUGUAUCUUAUCAGAAAAAUGCACGAUAAUUGUUUUGCGUGAAUUGUGUGUGUAUGACGACAAAAUGAAAAAAAAAAACAACAAAGCUGCAAAGAACAUACCACAAGUCUUUUUGUGCAAACGCAGUGUUUGUAAGUGAAAGUAUGGUGGUGACGCACAUUGUGGCAACUGGCGUUACCAUCGCAUCAGUAUACGUCCGACUACAUUGUAAAAGUGGACGAAUCGGCACAAUUUGGAAUCGGUGUUUCUGACGUGUAUCGGUUACAGUUUAUAAAAUUCAUUCCCUACCAUCGGUAGGUGCACUUCGUUGUGAGCAACGGCGUUGAAACAACGUUGUCCUCGAAACAAUUUAGCGGAGAUUUUUUUUUUCAGUUUUUAAUAACCAAAAGCACAUACCACAUACCGCACACCGCACAAAAACCAAUUUCAACGCAACAAACAUUUUUGCUAGCGAAACCAAACAGUCGCCACAUACCAGACAAAAAGCGAAUAGUGUACAAAGUGAAAACUCAUUAUCUGGAAUAAUUUUGAAUAACUUUUCAUUAUCGUGUGAAUGAUUUUAGUUGGACUUUUGUCACGUGUAGUUUCUAUUAAGUUGCAUCGAUCGGUCACAAACUCAUGACUUAUCACUUAAAUCUACUCUUUAUAGCAGACAUUAUUUGGUGUUCCCAAUUUUUGUAUUUCAAUUCCGUGUUGUGAUUGUUGGUGUUGUUGUAGGUAUUCAAUAUCGGAUAACGGAAACUCAUUAACCUUACAAAUUAAAAACUGGAACGAUUUUUGAAUUGCUUUUAUUAAAAUCCGUACUUUGCUUGUGCAAUCGAAACUGAACAGUGUGAUUAACGAUUUAAAAAAAAAUCACAGCAUAAUUUCGUCAGUUCAAUGACGUUUUAGGUAAUUGCAUUCGAUUGAAGAGGUCAAUUUAAACAGAGGUUAUCAAUAUGGGACUCGAUCAUACGCUAGAGGAGCUGAUGGGACAGCUCGGUGAAUUUGGGAGAUUUCAAGGAUUUCAGUUUUUCUUACACAUUUUAUCGGCUUUUACGGCUGGUAUGCACAUGUUAUCACUCGUCACCGUUGGGGCAACUCCGGAACAUCGCUGCUUCAUUGAAGGCAUUGACACAAAUACAACAUACGCACUGUGGAAUUCUACGGAAAUUAAAUCGGCAAUUCCUCAAGAUGCUGAUGGAGGGUUGAGUUCAUGCCAAAUGUACGGAGCAAAUAAUAUAAGUAUGCCGUGCGGAUCGUAUGUCUAUGAUCGAACGUAUUACCAAAGUUCUCGAACGAUUGAAUGGGAUUUCGUGUGUGAUAAACGUUGGAUGAUUUCUAUUGCUCAAUCGCUCUAUAUGCUUGGAACGUUCACGGGUGCCAUUACUUUGGGUGGUUUAGCAGAUAAGGUCGGUCGCAAAGCAAUUUUCUGCUGGUCAGCCGUUUUGCAAUUGAUCUUGGGCGUUGGCGUUGCAUUCAUCCCAAGCUAUAUCCCCUUUUUGGUGGUUCGUUACUUAUACGGUAUUUUUGGAAGCGCUGGAAGUUAUAUCACAGGUUUUGUGCUAACGAUGGAGUUGGUUGGAGCGAGUAAACGUACGGCAUGUGGAAUUUCGUUUCAAGCUGCUUUUGCCGGUGGUAUCAUGUUGGUGGCUGCUUGGGGAGCCAUAAUUCCAGACCGCAAAUGGUUACAAGUUAUUUAUGGGUUACAUAGCUGUUUGCUGCUAUUUCAUUAUUGGCUGAUGGAUGAAUCACCAAGAUGGUUAUGGGCUCAAGGACGUCGGGAGGAGGCUGUUAAAAUCGUUGCCAAAGGAGUUAAAUGGAAUAAAAACGGAAUUCCAUUGGAUGAACAAUAUUAUCUAUCCAAAGCCAAGUAUAUGUCGACCAACACCGAUGACAGCACAUCCGAAUCGGUUGGCGUGAGCGAUUUGUUUAAAACGCCAAAUCUUCGCAUGAAAACAUUGAACGUGUGUUUAUGUUGGUUUGCCAAUGCUCUUGCUUAUUAUGGAUUGAGUUUGAGCUCCGGCAAACUCAAUGGAAAUCCAUAUUUGAUUCUAUUCAUCAUGGGUCUCGUCGAACUGCCUAGCUAUAUUGCCCUUGUGUUCACAUUGGAUUUGUUGGGCAGACGCUCGAUUACCAGCGCAUUGAUGUUAGUUGGUGGCGUGUGCUGCAUCGUUGCUGCCUACAUACAACAAGGAACUACACUAGCCACAAGCAUUGUUAUGGUGGGCAAGUUCAUGAUUGCCGGGUCAUUUGCUGUUAUUUAUAAUUAUUCGGCCGAACUUUUCCCAACUGUUGUUCGAAAUUCGGCCAUGGGCUUGGGUUCAAUGGCUGCUCGUUUGUCGGGCGCUUUGACACCGCUUAUAACACUGUUGGAUUCAUUCGAUCCAACGAUUCCGGCUGUAACAUUCGGUGUAAUCACUCUGUUAUCAGGUUCUUGGGUAUUGUUCUUGCCAGAAACUAAUAACCAACCCAUGCCCGAAACAAUUGCUGACGGUGAAUCAUUUGGCAAGGGAGAUACGUUCUUUGCAGCAUGCUUUGGCAAACGACGCAAAGAUACCGUUCGCGAUGAAUAUCAAUAUGCUGGCGUUCCAAUGGAGAAUGUCGAUAAAUAAUAAGUUCUUCGUUUUCUUAAUAGAAUAGAAUUGAAUUGUAUAGAUUUUAUUGGAAUCAAUGAAGAUAAAAAAAAUUCUGCUGUUAUCAUAUAUUAUUUUGUACAAAACCUGUGAAUAUUUGAAACAAAUGUCAACGCGGUUAUGUGAUGUUCAAUAAGCAAUUUUUAAUGUAAAUGUUUGUAGUGAAUGAAUCGCUUGGAAAUUGAA